AUGUUCUUCCGUCGCCUGCCCCCCGCCCGCUCGGGGGCCGCGUUGACGGCGACGAUUUCCUCCAGGUGGUGCAGCACGCGGUCGGGCCAGGAGGGAAAGUCAAACCCCCCGAAGGCAGAAGAAAAGGUGACGGGCGACCCCGCCGGGGCUCUCUCCGUCGCGGGCACAGACACCGGCGUGGAGAAGAAGGGCGGAUUCCUGGAGCCGUCGGAUGACGUGGUGCUGGAGUACGCUCGGCACGCACUGCGGCGCGAGGGCCGCGACAAAAAGCCCGAGGCGGUUGUGUGGCAGUGGGAUACAACGUACUCGCCGAUUUUGUCGAAGGGGAAGCAAAAUUUCUACGACUACACAGAUGAUAUUCCAAAGCAUGUAAAGCCGUUUUGGCAUCAUGAGUAUUACCAACAGCGGGAGUACUUUCGACUGCAGCGCGAGAAGCGUCCACUGAAGGAGCGCCUAAGAACGUGGGGUAUUGUCCUGGUCUGUGUCUCCGUCGCGGGGGCGGUGCUCACGUUUGUCCGUGUGUGGGUUGAGCAACCGCGGGAGAUUCGCCAAUUACGCGAGGAGUUGCUGCAGCAGACCUACGGUAAAGUUUUGGAGCUUGCCGCGGGGCAUGGGCAAAACAUCGGAGCCUACCCCUACGCGGUGCACGAGGUUGUGAUGUGCGAUUCCAACGCACAACAGCUGCAGGCCCUGCGAUACCGCAUUCCACGUACGUCGUACCCCAAGUACGAUGUGCGCCGCGUACGGUCGGAGAAUCUAGACAUUUUUGCCGAUGGCGAGUUUGACUGUGUGGUAGAUAUGUUUGGGCUUUGUCACCUUCAUGACCCUGUUAAGGCGCUUCGGCAAAUGCAGCGCGUUGUAAAGCCAAGCGGCCUUAUCCUGCUUCUCGAGCACGGCAGCAGCCCGUACCCCCCCGUGAACUGGUUCCUGGGCUACUUUGAGCAGCGCCAUACGGUGAACACGCAUGGGUGCAAGUGGAAUUCACCGAUUCGAGACUAUUUGCGGGAAUCACGCCUGGAGAUUAAGGAGCUUCGAAACAUGCAUUAUGGAACAACGUACUACGUUGUGGCGUACCCGGAGGUGUUGGAGGCAUUCAAGGAUCGCGGAGCUCUUGCGGCUUCUGCAGCGGCAGCAGCUGCCGCGUGA